AUGCAGGCGCAUGUGCGUCCAAGCUUGAACAGGUUGCAGAAGGGAGCUGCAGCGGGGUUGCGCUCUGCUGCUUCCCCGAGCCUCUGCCGGGCUGCAGCAACCAGUAGUGUUACUCCUGACGGCUCCGACCCCGUGCUUGUGGUUGGAGCUCGGGGUGUGAACCGGCCAAGCUACACCGAGACCGGAGCCAGUGGACGCGACGCGACCGUGGAUGCCUCAGCUACGCUGGAGGAGGCCCAGGCUAAAGUGCGAGCGUUAUACCGGGGAUUUCUGCGUCAAAUUCCUCAGAUGCGUAUUGACUUUGCGCUCGCUGAGGACUAUAACACGCUUAAAGCGGUGAUUCGAGACCAGUUCGAGCGCAAUAGUGAUAUACGCGACCCACAGGUCCUUGAUAUUCUGAUCUUCAGAGGAAAACAGGAGUUGAAUGAAAUCAUUGCGCAGUGGAAGAGCCGCCACCACAUUCUUCAGUAUGUGCGGCAGUUCGAGGAACGGCUUCAUCAGCAGGGGCGGACGCUUGCCGGUCGGAAAGCUUUGACUGCGGAUGGAGACGUGUCUGAGGCCCAGCAGGCAAUGCGUCUGCGAAAAGUACUCGAGUGGCGGCAGAAACGAAUCAUACCAGAAUGGGUUGUAAGCUGGUCUCACUACGAAAAGUGGCGUUCAGAGCAGGAGCGCCUUUUUCAGAAUUUUGCGCUGCAGAAUGGCCUCUUUACGGCGAAGGAACUCGAGUUGAACCGCAGCUACCAACAACGCACGAAUGCCGCGGAGAACAGCGCGUAUCAGUGUCAUCUGAUGUGA